GAUUCGGCAGCUCGGCACAGAGGACGCCGUGGAGAUGGAGGCCACCAAGAUCCUGGGCUUCUUCCGCAGCGAGCAGCCUUCAGUGAGGAGAACGGCUGCCCUGCUGAUCGGUCACCUGGUCCACAAAAAGGGCAGCAUCCUCACUGAAGGGAACAUAGAGACCUUCCAUGCUGCGCUGGAGAGCUUGCUUGGCGACCAUGACCCCGAGGUCGGGAGAGUUGCCUGCAAGACAGAGAAGAUCGUGAAGAAGGCCUUUUCCCUCCACUCCCGGCACGGGCUGCGGGCUGCCGUUCGGCGCUUGUGGGCGGGCUGUAAGAAGAAGAGACACCCGCCAGAGUACGGUGAUCUCUCCACCUGACCGACUGGAACAACAGCCCCGUGCUCUCCCCUUGAAGAUCAGCAGCUGAAGGGAGGUUCAGGAAAGACCAUGCAGCGCAGGGGCCUCCCAGAAGACCUCCUCCAACCGCGUGGACACAAGAUCUGUCCACAAGAAGACAUCCAGCAGGGAAGUGCAGUUCUGUAUGAGGAGUGAGGGGGAAGCAGGCUCCACUCCCCUGGCCCAAGGAAGCCCCGCCUCUGGGGUGCAGAAGCCCCUCCCCUUGCUUCUGCUGGCAGGCUGUGGGAGGAGGCUACAGGACCACCCUGCCCCCAAGUGGCCCUUUGGAACCAUUCUUGGGCUUCCCUUGGGUCCGGGGAGGCUGUGUGGCCCCAGCAGGAGGGCAAGGUCACCGCCUCCCUCCAUUCCCACCAGCUGGCCAAGGAGCGCCCCCUCCUCCUUCCACCUUUCUCCCCUUCCCCAGCGGCCUGGCUUCCCCUGGCAGGGGAAGCCCCAUCCAGGCAUCCGCCCCCUCCCCUGCCGAGGGUGUGCUCCUCCCCCCCUCCACUCCCGCAGCCACGCCUCACUCCCCCCUCCGCUCCCUCCUCCUUCCUCCCAAACCGGUGCAGCAGCAGAGGAGCCUGGGAGACUCUGGGGGCCCCCUGCAGCCCCAGUAGCGCCCCCUGGUGCUGCCCGGUGGCAGGCCAGAGAAUCCUCCUCUCCCUCCUGCUCCAUGCUGUGGCUGCACAGUGGGGAGCCCGAGGUCAAGCAGAAUUCUCUGGCUUGCCCCCCCCCUCAACCCCCAGCCCCCUGCCCAAUCCCCACUUGCUGGGCUGCCGGAGUAGAAAGGGAGGAGGAGCAGGGCAACCCCACUGACGCUGCUUUGUGCUUCUUGCAGGCUUGUGCUGCUGCUGGGCGGCUGGAGGAGUCGAUCCGCCCCAGAAGAGGAGACCAAGUGAACGUGCCUGCAAGGAGCGGGGGUGGGGUGGGGUUGGGGGCUGGCUGGGACUCCCCCCAAUUUUGUUUGCCCUGCCAUUCCCUUCUUCUGUGUGACCCUGGGCUUCCUCCCUUCCCUCCUUCCCUCCCUCCCUCGUUCUCCCACCCAGGGGCAGAAUGGGCUUUGCUUGUCGCCCUGUUGGGGGCCGAGUAGGAAUUUUUGGCUUUCCAACAGAUUGGCCAAGAUGGAAAGUUUUUUUGCCUACUCCAUUCUGUCCUGUUUUGUUUCCUUUAGUUAGAAAGUUAAGUGACGACUUGUAACCUAUUUAAGUAUAUUAAUAAA